AAAAAAAAAAAGAGUUCAAUGGCGGCGGUGAAGCUUCCGUGGGAUUUGAAGGAAGAAAUACUCUCUCGGCUACCACCUCUAUCUCUUGUUCGGUUUAGAACCGUAUGCUGACACUGGAACGGUCUUUUCAACGACAAGAGUUUCCUCAACAACCACUUGGCUCGUUCUCGUCCCCAAAUCAUUUUCUUGACUGAAUCCAAGAUUUACUCGAUCGCCAUCGAUCUCCACGGAGGCUUUGAUCCAACGAUAGAGGUUCAUGAACUACCCUCUGAUUUCGAUUAUCAUCAGGCUAUGGAGUUGAUGCAUACCACCGUCACGGCUUGCGAUGGGUUCUUGUUUCGUGACUUUUGGAAGCAAGGUGUUACGGUUUGGAAUCCGUGGUUAAGACAGGUCGGAUGGAUCGAGUACGAGGAUAAAAACUUUCAUUUUUGCGGUGUAGGAUACGACAAUAGUGGUAGAUCCGAAAAGGGUUACAAGAUCUUGGGGUAUUUUAACUGUCUCCGUAGGGUUAGCGACACUUACCAAGUAAGUUACCAAAGAGUUGCGAUCUACGAGUGUUUGUCUCAUACGUUGAAGUUUCUUGAUGCCCCUUUCAAGCAGUGGCCCACCAUGGGACCUUUGUCUUUGAACGGGAAUCUCUAUUGGGUUACUAGCGAUCCUGACAAUGAGUGUUUCAUCAGGAGCUUUGAUUUCUCCAAGGAGAUUUUCAGACCCUUUUGUCUCCUUCCUUGUCAGAAGAAACAUUCUCGCGAUGAACUUCUCCUCGCGGUUUAUAAAGGAGAUGGGUUUUCUUUGUUAAAGCAAUGCUAUGUAAUAGGGGAGAUUGAGAUUUGGGUUACGAAGAAGAAGAUUCUUGGGGAGGAAGUGGUUUGGAUAAAAUUGAUGACUUUGCCAACAACUAACUUGCCAAAGUUAGUUAAUAAGUUUUGUGGGGUUAGUUACUUCAUCGUUGACAAGACCUUAAUUUUGUGUUGUGGCGAUGACCAAACUGGAUUCGCUUGCAUCUAUACUGUGAAGGAAGAUAUGUGCAAGAAGAUUCAAAUAGGUUCUGGAACUAUUCGGUUUUCUCAUUGUGUCUACCUUCCAAAUUUCAUCUCGGUUCCUUUAGAAUUCAGAACGCUGCGAGUUUAAAUUAUGGCAAUUUUUUUUUUGUUGGAAUCUCAUUCUUGGAUUAAUCCUGCACAAAAUAGAAACAAACCAACCUAGCAAAAUCAGUGAAGCGUGAGAAGAAGGAGAAAGACAAGUUGCUACAAAACAAAAGAGUUGUUGGAGUCCAUCUAUUUUCUAGUAAUGUGUAUUUAAUGUAAGUAUGUUUUAGUCUUUUACUUUGCUUGUAAUCUUAGUUAUGAUCUAAGGCUUAUCAUGCGAUUUAUGCCUUAUGGGGGCACUUAUAUCGGGUCUCAAUAGAGAAAACAGAGACUAGCU